AUGAACGCGAAAUUCUAUAUAUUCCUAGCCGGUCUACUAUUUAUUGCAACUUUUGGCAUUUCCAGCCUUAUUUUUGUACCAACAUGUUUCAUUUGUUUCAUAUUAGGAUUUCUGUAUGUCGGCUUUCGGCAUGGUCAAACAGAAGCUGAAAAACUCGAGCAAAAAUUCGCGCAAUUCCUAAAGGAUUACAAAUUCCCGUCGGGAAUCGAGCAACUAGUGAAGAACCAAGAGCGUUUCAUUGAGCAGAACAACUAUCAAGAGCUUCAUUCAAUGUCAAACUCGCCCGAAAUGGAUCAAGUCAUGGAAAAAAUAUUGGAGUACAUCAUUCGGGAUUUUAUAACCCAUUGGUACAAAACUAUAUCAAAUGACUCGCUUUUCGAGAGAAGCUUGAAAAGGACUGCUAGAAGGUCGAUAGCAUCACUAGUACAAUGCCUCCGAAAAGUGGAUUGGGUUCCGUUUCUGACGCGAGACGUCGUCGACGAUUUCGCCUCUCAUCUUCGACUCUAUCGAAAAGCCAAAGAGCGCGCUCAAUUCCAGGAAGAGGAGCUCAAAAAGAAUGAGAAUGCCGACAAGCCGGACCUUCUCGGCAAUUUUUUCGAUUUCGAACUCGAAAUGGAGAAAUCGUUGUGCCGCGAUCUGCUCUCAACAACGCCGCACUACGAAAAUGCUUACCUACACGAUCUUGUCGAUAUUAUAUUAUAUUUAAUUAUGCCACCGGAAGAUUUUCGAUGCCGUCCGCUACGAUUUCUGCUACGAGAAGUGAUUGUGAAAAGGGUGAUUUUGCCGACGUUGGACUACUUGUCGGACCCCAAAGAGGUGUUCCAGCUGCUUGUUUGGCUAUUGAGCGAGGUCGAGCCGAAACCCGAGGAUUUCAUUGCUUGCAUUGAAAAUAGCAAAAGUGUUGAGGAGCUCGACGCGGUUUAUCAGGCGAUAAUGGAAGAGAAGACGGUGAUGAGAGGAAAAGAUUCGGGAGGAGCUGAAGACACUUUUGUGAAGCAACAAUUGGCGAGUUUGCAAUAUGUCGAGAACGCGAUCAAAAGAAAAAUGGCGAUUUUGACGAAUGGCGGCGUCGAGAACGCGAAAUUUGGGACUCGCCUAAGUGAGGAUAAUGAUCAAAUUGUGCAGCUCCCAAUUCAUGUCGUGCUCACCAACACCAUCGCGGUGUCCUAUUUCAUCGAUUUCCUGAAAACUGUCGGCGGUCAAAACUACAUCGACUGCUAUUUGGCGAUUGAGGGCUUCAAAAUAUCGGUGGAACAUCAAAUGCGCUCGUUGGCGAACGGCGAACUCGUCGAUCGCGACGCGUAUGAGACAAUCAAAGAGGCCGCCCAUUUUAUGUAUCAGCAAUAUCUGUCACAGGAAGCGAUCACACGCGUUCCGCUUGAUGAAGCGCUCAUAUCGAAAUUUCUGUCGCGUCUUCGAAACGACGAGCCGUCGGAUUUGUGGUUCGAAGCGAUUCAGGAGAAGAUUGUCGACAUCCUCACGACGGAUGAUCACUUCUAUCCGGAAUUCAAAAAAUCGCCGAUUUACGUGAAAAUGCUCACCGAGCUCGGAAUCAUUGGCGAUGAGCGAAGCGAGACGCCGACGUCCGAAUCGGGAUCAUCGAUGUCAUCGUUCGACAAGGGAAUUGAAAUGAGGAGGAGGCCGUCGAUGGAUGAGACGAUGCCGAUACCGGAUGAUCAGCCGAUUCUGACAGCGACGGUGGAAACUCUAGGAAUUGGGCAGCAGGGAAAGCAAUCGUUCGCAUUGUACAAUGUGAGAGUGAGCCGAACGGUGAAUGGAAGUAAAGUGAGCAGCUGGAAUGUGCUUCGGAGGUACUCCGACUUCCACACACUCCAUUCAGCGCUGGUUCAGAAGUACCCGAAAUUGAGUAUGCUCUCGUUUCCCGGCAAGAAGACGUUCAACAAUUUGGAUACGCAUUUUCUUGAGAAGCGCACGAAAGCGUUGAACAUGUACAUGGAAUGCAUUCUGCAGCCCAACUUUCUCAAAUCGUAUCCCGAACUCGAGAAGACCGUCUUCGAUUUUCUUUCGCAAAAAGAGUAUUCGUUUCGCGAGCCGCUCGGCAAAAAAAUGAUGUCGGCGAUGUUCGAUCCGAUCAAAUCGGGCGUCAAAGCGGUUGGGAGUACGGUGAUGGCGAUGCCCGAUCAGGUGUACGGUAGCGUGUCGAAAGUUGGUGCCGGCAUCAAUAAUGCGGCAAAAACGAUAAUUAAUCCGAACGGCUCGAAUGCGCCGAAUCGACGGCCGACGAUGGAAACUGAUCGUGUUGCGGCGUCACUAAGCGAUACGGAGUCUGAAAACAUUCCACUUCGCGUUCUUGUGCUGUUCGUUGAUGAAGUGUUUGGGGUGCGCGCGCGAAACGCGUGGUUCCGACGCCAAAUGGUCAUGGUCCUUCGCCAAUUCGUCACCCCAUUCGGCACAUCGAUCAACAAGCGAAUUAUUGAUGUUGUGAAUUGGCUGACGUCGGAGCAGCAAGUCACCGGCUAUCUGAACGCAUUCAAAGAUUCAAUGUGGCCAAAUGGUGUCAUGUGUGGAGAAUAUCCGCAAAAACCGGCGGCGUUUCAUCAUAGGUGUCGAAUUCUUGCGAAGACGUUGAUGCUUUCCUCGAUGCCGGAUGAAUUGAGGAUGGUGCUUGGAGCUGAAACGAGCUAUCAAGGGAUCAACACGAUAUCGGAAGCGUUGGAGAAUAAAAGUCUCAAUCGACGGCUGCUUUAUGUGCUGCUUGAACGAUUAUUGAUGAAGGUGUUCCCGCAGAAUCGAUUCGAGAAAAUAUUUGCGCAAUUGCACUCGAAAUCGCCAAGAACAAAGAAAAUGUAG